AUGGCCUCAAAAGGUGCCGUAUUGCCUCUAUUGAGGCGCGAAGUGCGCUCCUCCCUCCGAUUCUCACGAGUUACUUCCCUCUCCGCCAUUGCGGCCCCAGCUCGCCACUCAGCCAGUACAUUCACAACCUCCGGGCGCCGGUUAACUCCACGAACGGCACUAUUCGCCCCGACGCAAACCCGCGCCUUUUCACAAUCGCUAUCAAGACGCUUUACCGACGAGAAUGGCGACUUCGAUCCCCGCACAUUGGACCGGGAGUCCGACGACGUGGAUGUGUGCAUUGUUGGCGGUGGUCCCGCCGGUCUUGCCGCCGCGAUUCGCUUGAAGCAACUUGCGAACGAAGCAGGCAACGAAGAGUUCCGAGUCAUUCUACUGGAAAAGGCUGGCGAAUUGGGCGCCCACAUUGUUUCCGGAAAUGUUUUGGAACCGACUUCCCUCAAUGAGCUGAUCCCCGACUGGCUCUCCGAAGACAACCCUUCCCGCUUCGAGGGUGCGACCCCCGCCAAGGGCGAGAAGAUGCGUUACCUGACCAAGACUGGCUCAUACCCGCUCCCUGUGCCCCCUCAGAUGCACAAUGAUGGGAACUACAUUAUCAGUCUGAAUGAGCUGACCAAGUGGUUGGGAGAGCGUGCCGAAGAGGUCGGUGUGGAGGUUUAUCCUGGCUUCGCAGCUAGCGAGAUGGUCUACCGCCCAGAUGGUUCGGUGAAGGGCGUUGCGACCAACGACCUGGGACUUGGCCGGGAUGGCAAGGCCAAGGAGAACUUUGAGAGAGGAAUGGAGUUCCACGCCCGUGUCACCCUCCUUGCUGAGGGCUGCCACGGCAGCUUGAGCAAGCAAGUGAUCAAGAAAUAUGACCUUCGACGGGACAGCCAGCCUCAGACAUAUGGUCUUGGAAUUAAGGAAAUCUGGGAGAUCCAGCCUGAGAAGUUCCGAUCCGGCGAGAUCGUUCACUCGAUGGGAUACCCCCUUCCUAAGGAUACCUAUGGUGGAGCCUGGAUGUAUCACUUCGGCGACAACAUGGUCAGUAUCGGUCUCGUGGUGGGAUUGGACUACCCGAACCCCUGGCUUUCGCCAUACGGAGAAUUCCAGAAGAUGAAGCACCACCCCAUGUUCAAGGAAGUCCUUGAGGGCGGCAAGUGCAUUUCUUACGGAGCGCGAGCCUUGAACGAGGGUGGCUUCCAGUCCAUCCCCAAGUGCGCAUUCCCCGGAGGUGCCUUGAUUGGUGACACCGCCGGCUUCAUGAACGUUCCGAAGAUCAAGGGUACCCACACCGCAAUGAAGUCCGGCAUGUUGGCCGCCGAGGCUGCUUUCUCGGCGCUUCAGUCCGAUAACCAGGGAACUGUCUUCCUGUUUGACUACGAGAAGGCUCUUCGCGACUCCACCAUUUGGAAGGAGCUGUCCGAGGUGCGCAACAUCCGACCCUCGUUCAAUACCCCAUUAGGCUUCUUCGGUGGACUUCUCUACUCCGGUCUGGAAGCCUACGUGCUCAAGGGUCGCGUUCCCUGGACCCUCAGCCACCAUGGCACCGACGCAGCAGCUACCAAGCCUGCUUCUGCGUACAAAAAGAUCGAAUACCCCAAGCCCGACGGCGAGAUCAGUUUCGAUAUCUUGACCAGUGUGAGCCGAACUGGCACCAACCACGAGGAAGAUCAGCCGGUCCACCUGCAGGUGAAGGACUGGGAGAAGCACACGGACCUUGCAUGGCCCACGUAUAAGGGUGUGGAGAACCGAUUCUGCCCUGCAGGUGUCUAUGAAUAUGUGGAGGAUCCCAGCAAGGAGCACGGCGUCCGGUUCCAGAUCAACGCACAGAACUGCAUUCACUGCAAGACCUGUGAUAUCAAGGUCCCCACACAAGACAUCAACUGGCAGACGCCUCAAGGUGGAGAAGGACCCAAAUACGUGAUGACGUGA